AACUUAAUUGAUGACAAUGUGAAACUGCUGCCUAUAAAUAGCAGGUGUUCAGAGUCACUAACAAACGAAAGUAUCAGAGCUACCUGAAGUACCAGUGAAGGUAUACAACAUUCCGUCUAAAAUGAAGCUGACAUUCGUUCUUCUUGCGGUUUGCAUUUCUGUCGCCAUGGCAGAUGAGGGCACAGAAGUUAAUAGAGCAUGUGCAUGUCAAAUGAUUCACAAACCGGUAUGUGGUGCUGAUGGUGAGACCUAUGGCAACGACUGUAUGAGGAAGUGCAAUGAUGUCCGCCUGCUUCACGAUGGCCAGUGUGAGGAGAACGAAAUUUGUGACUGUUCGAUGGACUAUAACCCUGUGUGUGGUGAUGACGGAGAAACGUAUAUCAACGACUGUAACAUGGAGUGCAAUAAGAAUGGAGUGAACAUGGUCCAUGAGGGCCCCUGCUAAAGCUAAGAUGAUCGAUGCAGCAAAACCAAACUCGAGUAAUUCAAAGAAAUAAACUGUUUACAAUGUUAGUCCAUCUCAAACCCACGUCUAUUUAGCUAUUGUACUCUAUAAAUUUUCAAUCCAUUUCAACCAUGAAAUUGAAUCAUUAUUAAAGUUACGAAUGAUUUGAAUGAAA